AUGACUGGUUCCACAAAAUUUAUUAACGAAGCAAUCACGAGUGAAUUCUCUGAUCUCCAGGAGUUCGUCUUAAGGUCUCCAACUUUCGGCUUUUUCGUUUCUACGGUCACAUGUCCCAGCUUUCCACGGUCAUCGAUUGCAAGCUUUACGGACUGUGCCCAUUCCAGCAGUAACUGUAUCUUCCAGGUGAAUCUUAAUGAAAUUUGUGAACUGUAUGGCUCAAGCUUAUCCUUGGAUGCUGUUGAGGAAUCUCGUCGAUGCUUAGGGUUGGAGGCGAGUGCUGCAGUUUGCUUUAAAGCAGCAAGAAUUGUUAUCUUACUUAUUGACGAUGGAAUUAAAUUGGACAAAAAACUUGACAUCAAAUGGCAUGAAAGACUUGUACCAACAGUUGGUAGAAUACUACAAGUUGAGCAUGUUGCUGAAAAUAUCCUUGAAAAGGGUUCAAAUGGGAAGUCAUGGACACUGAGUUCAUUUGUGGAGACUUUCACUAAGGAACUGAAGUCAGAAGGUGAUAAAGUUGUUGCCUUUAAAAGUAUUAUUGCACAUCGUAGUGGCCUUGCAAUUAAUUCAAAAGUCACACAAAAGGAGGCUGAGGAGGGCCUGAGUGACAUUUUAUGUGCGGGGAAGCCAGUCAGAAUCUCAAACAAGAACUUUAGUGAUUAUAUUUUUAUGCAUGCUUUGGAGGUGGCUCAAAAUUUUAAUUUGCCAAUGCAGAUAGACACAAGUUUGGAGGAGAAGGAUUUGGAUCUGAGACCAGGGAAUCCCCUUAAUCUUCGCAAUCUUCUUGAGGAUAAGAGAUUCACUAAGAAUCGUUUAGUGCUAUUACAUGCAUCAUUCCCUUUCUUAAUGGAAGCUUCAUAUCUUGCUUCAGUCUACCCUCAAAUCUAUCUUGAUUUUGGGUUGAGGAUUCCUAAGCCUAACUUCCAUGGGUUGGUGUCCUCAGUGAAAGAAAUUCUAGACCUUGCUCCUAUCAAUAAGGUCAUGAUCAACAGCAGUGGCAUCGCAUUUGCUGAAAGAUUUUACCUAGGUGCAAAGAAAGCACGUGAAGUGGUAUUCAAUGUUCUAUGGGAUGCAUGCGUCCAUGAUGAUAUUUCAAUUACAGAAGCUCUUGCAAUUGUUAAAGCUAUUUUUGCAGAAAAUGCAAAGCAAUUCUACAAGGUUGAUGCUUCACCAAGAUAUUCUGAGGUAGAACCGCACUCGUUAUCAUCUCCAUUCAAGAAGGAAGAGUUAAAUGGUCCAUUGACAGAUGUUACCGCUGUUCGUGUUAUUUGGUUAGAUUUCUCUGCUCAACAUAGAUGCCGUGUUGUUCCCCAACAUCGCUACUAUAGUUCUGUGAAGAAACAUGGUGUUGGUUUAACUGUUGAAUGUAUGCGAUUGAGUUCAAUAUCUGAUGAACUCUGUGAAGAAAAUUCUCUCACUGCCUCGGGUGAGGUCAGAGUUGUUCCUGACUUAUCAACCAAACGGAAAAUCCCCUGGGCAAGAAAUCAAGAAAUGAUUUUUACUGAUAUGUUAACUGAAUCUGGUAAAGCAUGGCAAUACUGUUCAAGAGAUUUACUUCGUAUAUUCUCUAAAAUUCUGGAAGAUGAAUUUGGCUUGGUUAUGAAUGUAGGCAUUGAAGUUGAAUUUUACUUAUUCAAGAGUGUUUUAAAGUAUGUCAGGAAAGUUUCCCUAAUAGAUUUGUGCUUAUAUUCUAUGAUAUAUUGGAACACUAAAGAGGAAAUAAUACAGGGAUGGAAAAGAAACAUGGGCCAAAAUUGACAGGACCUCUUACUGCUCUACAACAGCAAUAGAUGUUGCAUCAUUAGUGCUUCAAGAGAUUGUUGCUUCUUUACACUCCUUCAAUAUUCUAGUCGAACAGCUACACUCAGAAAGUGGGAAAGGACAAUUUGAAAUAGUUUUGGCAUACACUAAUUGUGGUAAAGCAGCAGAUCACUUGAUAAUUACACAUGAAGUAGUCAAAGGAAUCGCAAGGAAACACAGGCUACUAGCAAGCUUUACCCCAAAGUAUGUAGCGCAAUAUUUUCACGUGA